CCGGGCCGUCCGCGGUGGUGGUGGGAGGGGCCGUGAGGUGAGUCCGGGAGCCGGAGUCUGAGGCAAGGAAAUCUGAUUUUCCUCAACAUGGCCUGAUAUGAAGAAGUUAUACCUCCCACCUCCUCAAGCUGCCAAGUGUCUGCCUUGUCUUUCAAGUGCAAGAGCUGGCUGAAAUGUCGGCGAUGGAAACCAAUGUGACUAUCCCAAUCUGGCAGAACAAGCCUCAUGGGGCUGCUCGAAGUGUUGUGAGAAGAAUUGGGACCAAUCUACCCCUGAAGCCGUGUCCCCGGGCAUCCUUUGAGACCCUGCCCAAUAUCUCUGACCUGUGUUUGAGAGAUGUGCCCCCAGUCCCUACUUUGGCUGAUAUUGCCUGGAUUGCUGCAGAUGAAGAGGAAACGUAUGCCCGUGUCAGGAGUGAUACACGCCCCCUGAGACACACCUGGAAGCCUAGCCCUCUGAUUGUUAUGCAGCGCAAUGCCUCGGUGCCCAACCUGCGUGGAUCUGAGGAGAGACUCCUGGCCCUGAAGAAGCCAGCAUUGCCAGCCCUAAGCCGCAGCACUGAGCUGCAGGAUGAGCUGAGCCACCUGCGCAGCCAGAUUGCCAAGAUAGUGGCAGCAGAUGCAGCUUCGGCUUCAUUAACGCCAGAUUUCUUAUCUCCAGGAAGUUCAAAUGUCUCUUCUCCCCUACCUUGUUUUGGAUCCUCAUUCCACUCUACAACUUCCUUUGUCAUUAGUGACAUCACCGAGGAGACUGAGGCAGAGGUCCCUGAGCUUCCAUCAGUCCCCCUUUGUUCUGCCAGCCCUGAAUGUUGUAAACCAGAACACAAAGCUACCUGUAGCUCAUCUGAAGAGGAUGACUGCCUCUCUUUGUCCAAAGCCAGCAGCUUUGCAGACAUGAUGGGUAUUCUGAAGGACUUUCAUCGGAUAAAACAGAGCCAAGAUCUGUCUCGAAGUUUAAUGAAGGAGGAAGACCCUGCCGUGCUUAUCUCUGAGGUCCUGAGGAGGAAAUUUGCUCUGAAAGAAGAAGAUAUCAGUAGAAAAGGAAACUGACGGUAUCCUGCUCUGCAAAACUCAGUCUAAUGCUCCUGGAAUUCCUUCAAUAGCUGCCUUCCUCAUUGCAGAGGAUUCUGCCUCUCAGAAAUCUUCUGCAACAGUCUUGCUGACAAGCUAGAAUUUGGACUGAAAGAGAAGAGUUGGAUUAUGUGUGUUUCAUACUUCAACCUUAGCAGAGCUAGGUUUGAACUGAGACAUUUUUCAGGUAAUUGUGGAGGGUAGAGUGUGUAUGUUUAAGGGGCGAAGUCAAAGUUUCUUGCUUUUCCUUGCCCCUGUGUGAAAACAGGUCCUAAAUGAAUGACUUUACUUCACUGCAUUAGAUCCAAUAAGUGUCUGGACAGACCCUUGCACAGCUGUCACUCACUCUCAGCCGCUUCUUUGCAGCAGAGUAGGGCUGAGGAGAAGGGGCUCUAAGUCUGUGUACAUGUUCACAGGACAGGGAUGACCUAAUGCUGCUCCUUCAUCAAUUUACACCAAUGCCCAAAAAUUACCCUUUCCCUGUCUAGAUGUAGAGGUCAGACCAUUGGACCAGCCAAUAAUUGGGCUACAGCUUGGAGGUCUGGAAUAUUUUUUUCUUAAACAUAUUUUAUAAUGCUAUACAACCAAAUCAACCCUCCAAGGCCCUGGGCCCUCAUCACUUCUACUGAUUGGAAACUUAUUCCAUGGACUUUAGCUUAAGUCUAGCAGGAAAAGAGAAAUGGGGAAGGAACAAGCAUUCCAUCCCUUUUCAGGCCCUGGAUUGACAGUUCCCUUGGGUUGGGCUAAGGUUUGGACCUACUGCAUCAUGCAUGACUCAGUUGCCCUUGGGGCCCUUUCUCUAUAGUAUGUAUACUAUGUGUGCUUGGGUUGAAGCACAACCUGACAUUAAAUGAAGGAUUUAGAGAAA